AUGACGACAAACCCUACAACAGCCCCCGACAUUUCUCCUUCCCUCAACCUCGAUGCCCUAUCCGCGGCCCGUCUCGCCGUUCAGCCUCGAGACGUGCGAGCCCCCGCGGACGAUGUGAUAAGCCAAGAUUUGCCGGCGUCGGAUGACGAGCUCAACGACGCCGAGCGGACUGCCAAAUACCAGCGCAUCGAGAAGUUGGCAGAGUCGUAUCUUCAAGGCCGGCCACUCUUUCUCCUCUCCGCAUCUCUCAAGGGUCCGUUUGACCAAGGUUGGAGGAAUCCAUGGCGGAAAGAUCGCAAUUCGAUCAGCAACAAGAAGAUCGACAAGUUGCGGAAAAAACACCGCGAAAGCGUGGGGCAUGCGGUGCAAGAAACCGUCGUGCGCCAGGAGGGAAGUCUCACAUACCGCGGUCUGUCCAACUCUCCCGCACGGGUCAGAGUUGGCAAAGAAAGAGUGCGUGAAGUACCUGCGGACGAUGAACCGCAACGGACGGAGCUUCGAGCCAAAAAGAAACAGAAAGAGACGGCCUCUUCGCAAAUGACAGACCAUUCAUUUAGUCUCGGCGAUAACGCGGAGUGGUUGAAGAAAGAUGGCAGGCGCAUGAAUUUCACACAUAUCGAGCCUCCUAGCUCUCCCACGCCCAAGACUGCGUCCCGACAGGUGGGGAGUAAAGCAAGGGCGAGUAUCUCACGUUAUAUAGAGAUACGGGACUCCGCGACUCCUAUGCGAAGCAGAGCGACGAGUGUUCGGGCAUCGAGCAAGGGAUUCGAUGGGGAAAAUUUGGCAGUUGACGACUCUGUCAAACUGGCUCAAUCUGCGGGCCUUCAGAAAGCCCUGGCCAGACAAAGCCCGGCCUCUGAGGUUGCGAGGACCAGCCCGGCCGCGAAGCCUGUAUCGAAAGACGACAUGUCUUUCCACGCGGAAAUGAAUCCGGCGGCAUCCUUGCGUGUCGUCUCUUCGACUUCCCAGUUGCCACGGUUUGAGUAUCGAAGAUGGCUCCAAGAAAAUCAAGAUGUGAAGGCGGACGCGGAAAAUGCCGCCUAUCGCUCUUCUCCUGCUCCAGUGAACUCCAUGAGAAAGUUGAGCCCAUUAAGGAUGUCAACACCGAUCGCAAAUGAGAGCAGAACACCUUCCGCUCUUGGGCUGGCCUCAGAAUCAAGUGCGGCCGUGACUCGCAGCGCUGGACACGCGAGGCAGUCUUUCUCUGCGCAGGCUAGAAAUGAAACGACAAUUCCCGACAAGCCAGCAAGGUCUCCUGGUCCUCCUUCAUCCGCCGGGGGCAACGAAUGCCAAAUCAGUGAUCAAAGUACUCAAAGUCAUGGCCAAAUCGUGAAGCCGCCGGCAUCUGAAAAUCAACAAGACAUCCCCAACAAGCAAAAUGAACAUACCACCAAGGGCUCGCGGCUUGUGAAUGAGCUGGCAACUUCAACCGCACCGACGGAGCAGGACACGUUGGAGAACUUGCCAUCUGCCCAGCGUGUGCCAACCCAUCCAGGAAUCUCUUACCGCAUACCCUCCUUGCAUUCUACCGCUAUGCCAAAGCCAGACACAGCGGAGAAUACCGUCGAAAACUCGGACACCCAACUCUCGACUCAGGCGGCGCUGCUUCAGGCUCAGCGAUCCUUUCAAGAGGACCUGGAGAGCCCCGAGCCGGAUUUCCCACCCCUAGCGGAACCGGAAGACACUAUUCUCGAGCCACACGAGGAGUCACUUCUUGCGCGGGAAACACCAUAUAACGCUCCAGCCACCAUGGAUCAUCCUCGACUGGAUUCAGGGAUCCCUUUUAAGGAAAGAAUGCAAGCUAUCAGUACACAGCAUAUAAUUGAGUCUGUGACUCCAUACAGUUUCAGCAGCGAGAAAAAGGCUCGUCCUAUUCCAGACUUCUCGCCAGACCAGCACAGACGAUUGGAGCCCGAAAGGCCUUCAACCACACAUCUGGCCUCGAAUCGAUCUCGAAUCGACUCGUCGCCUAGCAAGGUACAUGAACGUACAGCUCUUCCAACCUCUGAUCACCCUGCACAUCCUUCUCUCACCCGCCAGUCGACCACACAAGGCACCCUUCUCCCCUUUGCUCUCAGCGGCUCGACGCCAGCGACAGCUCAGGACGCGCAAGCUGCCUCGCAAGGCGCGGAGAGCUUUGAUCUUAGCCAGGCGAUUGCGGACGCGGGCAGUUGGCUACAGCAGAGCUUUGACUUUAUGAAGGACAUUGGACGUCCCAGUCAGCCCGCAAAGCCAGCGUAG